AUGGUUUUAAAUUAUGAUCAAUUUGUAAAUAAAGUAGCUUUAGUCACUGGUUCAAGUGAUGGGAUUGGAGCUGCAGCCACUUCACUCUUCUCAUCUUUGGGUGCUAAAGUGACCAAAGUUAGACGUAAUCAAAGUAAACUGGAUAAAGUUGCUGCUGAGUGUCAAUCCAAGUCACCUCAUCACUACAAGCCUCUUGUAAUAAAAGCUGACUUCACAAGAGAUGAAGAUGUUGUUCGAGCUUUUAAUGAGACGAUUUCUGCCUACAAUCGAUUAGAUAUUCUGGUGAACAAUGCUGGUAUUGCUGCUAAUAAAGAGUUUGGUGAUCCUGGUUACCUUGAAGAUUAUGAUCAAAUAAUGCAUGUGAAUGUUCGAGCUGUUGUGUGAUUAACUGAAUUAGCUACAACUAGUUUAGCUGAGUCUA